AUGGCGCGACUGAACGACUUACCGGGUCCAACAGAGUCCCUAGAAGCUCUCAAGAGACGUUUUGUCCGUCAAAAUCGUGAGAUUGCUCGAGUAAACUCGCUUCAAUCGCUUCGAAUCCAAGGCCUCGAAGCAGAGAUAACUCACUUAUUGAAAGAAAAUGCCAUUUUAAAAGAGCAAGUCAUUUCGCUCAGUCAAGAUGCUCAUAAAUACGAGGCUGGCCGAUACUUGUCCAAGGACAUCCACCAAUACAAAGAGAAACUAGCUGCCAAAUUAUAUGAACUCAACUCUCUUAUCAACGAUUUGGGAAAACUCCCUGAAAAGUUCUCCAACUCAACACACUCAAAUUCUUCCAGCAAUGGCGUGGAAAACUAUUAUACGGCUGGAAUGAGCCGACGGUCAAUGAUACGGGCCGAAGACAAUGGCCGUUUGCCGACGAUCGCAGAAGACAAGUUCUUCCCAAGGAAAACUCUUGAGUAUGAAGAGGCACAGUUUUUCUUGAAUGUUGGCGCUAAUUGUUUAUAUAGCCAUGAAGAUAUGCCAGAUAUUACAACAAUACAGGACCCGGAUUCACCCAAUAUAGGAACCCCUCCGAUUGCUCAUUUUGAUGUAGAUCAAAGCCCCGGCUCGGAAGCAAGAGUAAGCGACCCAGAUAUGGCAAGAUACAAUAUUUCCGAAUAUAUCGAAAACUUAGAACGACCCCCCACUCGCUCACCAGCCAUAUUAAACAAUCCGCAAGAACAAGAGUCCAGCGCCAUCAACACAGCUAAGCGAAUCGAGAUAGCUGUACCUUCUGUCAUAUCCGGGGCAAAACGCAAGUUCAGUGCAACCGAUGAAGAAGACAAUUCUCUAGUGGGGAAUGCUGCACCUGAAGAUGACUUUCAAUUCACACGGUCAGUUAACAACUCACAAAAGUCAAGUCAAAGUACAAUUUCAGAGGUGUCGAAAGGAUUAAACACUAGCAAAUCUCAACAAAAGAGAUCAAGUCUUUCUAAGCGGAAAGUUUUGGAACCAAAGAGUACCAACAUGAUUGCUUCCUCUCCCAGGCGACGCCAAGUCAGUGAAAUUUCUGUGGAGAAGAGUAACGAAAAAAAGGCUUUUCUGGAGACGGAUAAAGAUAGCAAUGCGGUUCCUGUCAACACUCAGCGACGGAGUACAUCGUUGUCUAAACCCAGGCAGGUGGAGCAAGGAAAGCGACCAGUUAUGCACGAAAACAAUUCCACCAUGGCAGCCUUGGAUAGCUUAGAUUCAUUGACAACGCAGCAUGGGCAACCGAAAUCACGCGGUUCUAUCAGUAUGGAUGAGCCAGCUGUUGCAGAUGCAUGGCUUCUCCAAAGUCUCCCAUCACGACAAUCCAGGCGCGCCAGAGGAGCAGUGAGUUAUACAGAGCCGAAUUUGCGAGACAAGAUGCGAAGAGCGACGAAUGAGCUCGUUGAUGCCGUGAUGAUCGACCAGCGACGCACGUCUACUUCAAUGGUGGAAAAUCCGAGCCAAGACGGCGCAGAUGCUUUGGAUUUUACACAAAUAACAUCGAUCUCAAGUCCAAAGAACGAUGUAGUCCCAAUAUCCUUAUCGAUUCAAGAAGAUGAACCAUCUAGAAUGGCCACAACAAUUCCGACUUCUGAUAACAGCCAAAAAUUGACUGAAAUUCCUAUAAGUGUGAUAACGGAGAGAAAGCGGAGAACUUUAUCAGCGAACACGAGCGAGAUUAAAAGUUCACAAGAAUUCAAUUCUAUGCCUGAACUGAAGCAAAAAUCUAAAGGUGGUCAGACAAAAGCCAACCGAUUAAGUCGAAGUUCCGAGACAGACAUCACAAAUUCAUCCGUGCAUUCCCAUAAGCGAACAAUACAUCGAAAUUCGUCAAACGCAGAUCUCCACGACAAAGCCAAGCCUCCCAACAAAGAUAUCUUUGCAAACCAUGAGCAAAGUCAAAACCUGGGCCCCAAGAUAGCUACACAGAUCACCGAGAGUAUAACGGGACAGGCCGAUGAAUAUUCUGGCACCAGGAGUUGCAACGACGAUAAUCAAGCGAGUCAAUCAAACACACAUACCCUAGCUGCAGUUCAUCGGGCGCAAGCUAGUCGAGGGCAGCGUGCCGCGGCGCGUAGGAGAAGUAUGCUUUUGUAG